AUGCUGUCGCCAGCAGUAUUCGAAGAAUACCCGAUAUCUCUAGAGCACACUGAAUUCAGAGGCCGAGAGUUCUUCGCCAAACAAAACAUAGCAAAAGGAGAUCUUGUCAUCGCAGCGUCAGUCUACGCGACAGGCAUAUUCGACUCUCACAAGAAGAAAGUCUGCACCACAUGUCUCAAAUGGCAGAACGCCCAUGGAUCCUGGCUAACACGAUGCUCUAAAUGUGAUAAAACAUUUUACUGCUCACUGGAAUGUCGAAGGCUUGAUCGCUUAGCGGGACAUCGAAAGAUAUGUCUUGGACUGAGGAAACUGGCUGCGUUGAAGAUUAAUCAACAUGAAUAUGGGGUACUGAAGCUUGUGUUGAAGGUGUUGAUGUUUGCAGAUGUGGAGGGGGAAGAAAAAGGGGAUGACGAUGGUGAAGGGGAUUGUGAGCAUGGAGUUCCUGAUCAGGAUGUUACAAGUGUUAUAAGUGGGCCUAUGGAUGUAUUGGGAUGUGAUCCAGGUAUUACAGAUGGCUCGCUGAAUGAGGAGGUUAACACAGCCAAAGUCAAUGGAGCCGAUCAAACAAAACUAUCACCACUGCCAGUAUCUGAUACAGACGCCAUAGACAGCUCUUUGAAUGAGGAACUCGACGUGCCUGAAGAAACCGAAACUCUUAUAACAACACCACUCCCAUUUCCUACAUACGACGAACUCGUCGCUCUCGAAUCCCACGCAUCCAAUUGGGCUACAGAAGAAGAACAAUCAUACAAGAAGGGAAUCAGAUUCGUAAAACAGUUUGUCGAGACAUCGGCCUUGACACGUAAAGUAGACGAGACGGAAAUCAAGAAUCUUGUUUCUCGCAUCGAGACGAAUGGAUUUGGGGUAUGGAAUCACAAUGGAAGUUGUUAUGGGCGUGCUAUUGCUCCUCACUUGUCGUAUUUCAAUCACUCGUGUGAUCCGAACUGUGACGUUAAAGGAGGCUCUAUUAUGACCGUAACAGCCAAUAGAGAUAUCGUAGAAGGUGAACCGCUGACAAUCACAUACAUUGAAACAAACGCACCUGUCUCGGCUCGACGAGCCAAACUAUUAGAGGACUAUCACUUCACAUGUGGUUGUCCUCGAUGUGAAACAGAAGCACAGCUGCCACAACAAAAGAUCAGCUACCAGUCGAAAGCUGGUGGUAAGAAACCAGGACAUCGAAAGAAGCAGGUCGUCCCAAAAGUUUUGGAAGCAUAA